AACCGAUAUACAUGCUCUUACAGGUUAUGUUAUUAUUAUAACCUUAAAUUAGUUAUUUAAAUAAAAUAUUGAGAAGAAUAGUGCACCGUCCACUGUAGCAAUGGGGUCGUCAGACGAGGAGUUUGGUUGGACGAACACAUCAAAUGAUGACUCCAAUACGGAACCGGAAAAGCCAUAUGAUGGCGAAUCAGAGUCUGGCAAAAUCUACAAAAAGAAACUUCAAAAGGAGCUGUUUCAAAAUGGCGACCACAAUGAGUCUCACGAGCGUAAAAAACUCAAGAAGCUGAAGCGAGAGGAGUCCUCCUCCCUAUCCCUUUCACCCCGCCGCGUCAAACGCGAGUCUCUCGCCAACGGGCACGAUGACUCCGCCGCGGCCGAGCACAUGCUCAAGAGGAAGAUCAAGGAAGAAAAAGCGAGCUUCGCCGUCCCGCGGGGCUCCCCGCGCAAGCGCCGCGCCUCCGCCGCCAACAUCGAGCCCGAGCCCGAGGCCGAGCCCGAACAGCCUCGAAAGAAAAAAAAGAAGAAGCGCGACAAAGAAAGAGACGAACAGGAAUCCUCCGCUCCUGAGGCCGUCGACGGCCCCGCCGCGGAGCCCGCAGAGAACCCCGACGAUGCCGCCACCGACGAGCCGGCCGAGGGCUCCGAGCCCCCCAAGAAAAAAAAGAAAAGAAAGAAAACUGUAAGAGAAUCCUCAAACGACCGGGAACAUUUCGACGGGAGGUGGAAAUUCGAGGCGGAGGAGACGGUCGUCCGGGAACGCCCGACGCCAAAGAAGCGCGAGGAAGAAGUCGAGCCUUUCACGAGUAAGGAGUUCGUCAGCGACGACGAUUCCUCGGAGGACGAGCGGCCCGCGGCUCCCCCGGCGCGCUCCCGAGCUAGCCCGAGCGACGCCGAGUCCGUCGAACCUCCCCGGCGAGCGAGAACGUCCGACAGGAUAACCUUCGAGGAGGAGUCGCGGGCCGAGACCGCAUCUAAAACUCGAAAAGAAUCGCACGCGUCGACGGAAUCUCCCCGCCGACCCCGACUAUCGGAAAGGAUCACGUUCGAGGAGGACUCGCGGGCGGGGCCCGAACCUCCCGCGCCGGCUCAAAAGAUAACUCGGAGGGGAUCCCCGCCCGUCGAACGCCGGAGGAUAUCCGAGAGGAUCACGUUCGAGGACUCCGACUCGGAGCCGGAGCGGGCGGCCGAGCCGCCGGCCGCGGCGCGGGCGGCCUCGCCCCCGGCCCCGGGGCGCGGCGCCGAGGCGGCCGGCCGCCUCGGCAGGUUCCUCCGGGCCCACGCGCACAUGCGCCCCGUCCUCGGCGAGUUCCCGCCCGGCGCCGCCGUCACCGCCGACGACGACGUGUGGAUCGUCCGCUGCCCCCGGGACCUGCCCGUCGGCGCGCUGAGGGGGAUCGCGCUCGACGUCGACUUCAGGAGCAAGGUGAAGAUCGGCGGGCGGGCGUACGAGGCGACGCCGGCGGCGGCGGGACAGGGCGGCGCGCGCGUGGCGCUGCUGGCGCCGGCGGCGCGCGGGCGCGGGUUCUGCGUGCGCGCCGUGCCGGUGCGCGGCGAGCUGCGCCUGCGCGCGCGCCCGCCGCGCGUCCCGGCGCCGCGGCAGCAGGACGACGGCGAGCCGGAGCGCGUCCCGCUGCCCGAGACGAGGCCCAGGCACCCGCUGCUGGGCGCCGACUUCGACCGCGCGCUGCCGCCCGACGUGAGGAGACGUCUGGCCGCCGCCGGCGCCCGCUCGGAGGAGGUCGUCGACGAGGUCGAUCGCGACGCGCGGCGAGACAAAAAGAAGAAGAGAAAGAAGCGCGGGGAGCGCCCGGACCCCGAGCCGGAGCCCGAGCCGGACCCCGAGCCGGAGCCCGAGCCGGAGCCCGAGCCGGAGGUCGAGCCGGAGCCCGAACGGAGGAAACGCAAGCGGAGACGCGGCUCGGGGCCCGGGCCGCGCGAGCCCGAGCGGGAGCGGGAGUCUCCGCCGCGGAAGAGGAAGGUCAAAAAAGAAAAGAGAGAUAAGAAGCGGCGCGACGACGCCGCCGUGUGGGACUCCGAGCGGGCCAUCGAGGAGAACCUCUUCGACUUUUAA